AAACGAUAGCCUACAUUAGGCUGUGUUGGAUGGUGGAAGUCCUCCGCUAGACCAAUGGCGAUCGAAUGAAGAGAGGGAGCGUGUGCGCUUACACCGACACCUGUCAAAUUGCAGUUAUUCAAUUCCAUCUUGAAAGGACCAAACCGACAGACUGACACUGAAGCGAUUACGGUAGCCUCCAACGGGACGGACUCUCUGGUAAACGACCUUUUGCAGUGGAAUAGCGGAUUAACUCUUCUACCAUGAGCUCAGUGGCUGUGUUGACUCCGGAGAGCUUCGCUGAGCACCGCAGCGGGCUCAAGGACCAGGAGAUGACCGGUGGUGUACCAGAGGAUGAGGCCUACAUCCCCACCUACCUGGAGGCCUUCCCUCCCCUGCCAGAGAAAGGGGCCCCUGGGGACAAGGCUGGGGAGCCGGCAGGAGCCUGGAGCAGCAAGAUCAGGCCCAUCAAAGCCUCAGUCAUCACCCAGGUGUUCCACGUGCCCCUGGAGGAGCGGCGCUACAAGGAUAACAGCCAGUUUGGGGAGGGCGAGGAGGCCAAGGUGUGUCUGGACAUCAUGCAGAGGACCGGGGCUCACAUCGAGCUGUCUCUGUCCAAGGACCAGGGGCUCUCCAUCAUGGUGACCGGAAAACUGGACUCGGUCAUGAAGGCCCGCAAGGAAAUUGUGGCACGGCUACAGACACAGGCUUCUGCGUCGGUGGCCAUCCCCAAGGAGCAUCACCGCUUCGUCAUCGGCAAGAGCGGCGAGAAGCUGCAGGAGCUGGAGCUGAGGACCGCCACCAAGAUCGGCGUCCCGCGGCCGGACGACGUCAGCGCCAACAUCCGCAUCACGGGCACCAAGGAGGGCAUCGAGAAGGCCCGCCACGAGAUCCUGCUCAUCUCAGCCGAGCAGGACAAACGAGCGGUGGAGCGUCUCUCCCUGGAGAAGGCCUUCCACCCCUUCAUCGCCGGCGCCCACAACCGCCUGGUGCAGGAGCUGAGCCAGGAGACCGGCGCCCGGAUCAGCAUCCCCCCUCCCAGCCUGCACAAGGACGAGAUAGUCAUCACCGGAGAGAAGGAGGCCGUGGCUCUCGCCAUCGCCCGCAUCCGUGCCGUCUACGAUGACAAGAAGAGGAAAACCACCACCAUCUCAGUGGAGGUGAAGAAGUCGCAGCACAAGUACAUCGUGGGGCCCAAGGGCAACACCCUGCACGAGAUCAUGGAGGCCACGGGCGUUUCAGUGGAGAUGCCUCCCCUGGACUCUGGCUCUGAGACCAUCAUCCUGAGGGGGGAGCCUGACAAGCUUGGCCCCGCCCUGACGCAAGUCUAUGCCAAGGCCAAGAGCGUGAUGGUGGUGGAGGUGACAGCCCCCGCGUGGCUCCAUCGCUUCAUCAUCGGCAAGAAAGGACUGAACAUCGGCCGCAUCACACAGCAGCUACCCAGGGUUCAUAUUGAGUUUACGGACGGCGAGGAGAGGAUCAGUCUGGAGGGGCCUACAGAGGAGGUGGAGCAGGCCCAGACCCAGAUCCAGGACAUCAUCAACGACCUGAUGGUGAGGAUGGACUACACUGAGGUAAACAUCAAACAGCGCUUCCAUAGACACCUGAUUGGGAAGAACGGGUCAAAUAUAAACCGGAUCAAGGAGCAGUACAAGGUGUCGGUUCGAAUCCCCCAGGACACUGACAGGAGCGGACUGGUCCGCAUCGAGGGGGACCCCAAGGGGGUGCAGCUGGCCCGCAGGGAGCUGAUCGAGAUGGUUCAGAGGAUGGAAAACGAGCGCACCAAAGAUCUGAUCGUGGAGCAGAAGUUCCACCGUACCAUCAUCGGCCAGAAGGGGGAGAAGAUCAAGGAAGUUCGAGACAAGUUCCCUGAGGUCAUCAUCAACUUCCCCGACCCGGCCCAGAAGAGCGACAUCGUGCAGCUUCGAGGGCCCAAGAACGAGGUGGAGAAAUGCACCAAGUUUCUCCAGAAGCUCAUCGCCGACCUGAUAGAGAACAGCUACUCUCUCUCGGUGCCCAUCUUCAAACAGUUCCACAAAAACAUAAUCGGCAAAGGAGGCACCAACAUCAAAAAGAUCCGCGAGGAGACCAACACCAAGAUUGACCUUCCCACAGAGAACAGUAACUCUGAGAUGAUCGUCAUCACAGGCAGGAAGGUCCACUGUGAGGCAGCCAGGGACAGGAUCCUGGCCAUCCAGAGAGAACUGGCCAACAUCAGAGAGAUGGAGGUGACCAUUCCCGCCAAGCUCCACAACUCUCUGAUUGGCUCCAAGGGCUGCCUGGUGCGCUCCGUCAUGGAGGAGUGCGGGGGGGUCCACAUCCACUUCCCCUCUGAGGGCUCGGGCUCCGACAGGGUCACCAUCCGGGGGCCCGCCGGGGAGGUGGAGCGAGCAAAGAGACAGCUGCUCCAGCUGGCUGAGGAGAAGCAAGUCAACAACUUCACCACAGAGCUGCUGGCCAAGCCUGAGUACCACAAGUUCCUGAUUGGUCGGGGCGGGGCCAACAUCCGGCGGGUGCGGGACCGCACUGGCGCCCGCAUCAUCUUCCCCUCGCCCGACGACUCGGAGCAGGAGCUCAUCACCAUCGUGGGGCGAGAGGAGGCCGUACGACUCGCACAGAAAGAACUGGAGACGCUGGUCAAAAACCUGGAUGACGUGGUGGAGGACAGCAUGGUGGUGGAGGCGCGUCACCACCGUCACUUCGUGUGCAGGCGGGGCCAGGUGCUGCGGGAGCUGGCCGAGGAGUACGGCGGCGUGGCCGUCAGCUUCCCCCGCACCGGCACGCACAGCGAGCGCGUCACCCUGAAGGGGGCCAAGGACUGUGUGGAGGCGGCCAAGAGGCGCAUCCAGGAGAUCAUAGAGGACCUGGAGGCCCAGGUGAGUGUGGAUGUAGCAGUGCCCCAGAGGUACCACAGGGCCAUCAUGGGUCCUAAAGGCUGCCGGAUCCAGCAGAUCACCAGGGAACACGAGGUCCAGAUCAAGUUCCCAGAGAGGGACGACAGCACAGGUCAGGAGCCCCCGCCCCAGGAGAACGGCGACGCCAGCCCGGAGGCGGAGUUUGUCCCCCGCAAGUGUGACAUCAUCGUCAUCUCUGGGAGGGCGGAGAAGUGUGAUCUGGCCAAGGCAGACCUGAUGGCCCUGGUCCCGGUCACAGUGGACGUGGAGGCGUCGUACGACCUCCACCGCUACAUCAUCGGCCAGAAGGGCAUCGGCAUCCGCAAGAUGAUGGAGGAGUACGAGGUGAACAUAUGGGUGCCCCAGCCAGAGCAGCAGUGGGAUGUGAUCAAGGUGACGGGGCAGGACGCCAACGUGGAGAGAGCCAGGCUGGGCCUGCUGGAGAGGGUGAAGGAGCUGCAGGCUGAGCAGGAGGACAGGGCUCUGAGGAGCUUCAAGGUGAUCAUCUCGGUAGAUCCCAAGUUCCACCCCAAGAUCAUCGGCCGCAAAGGAGCCGUCGUCUCCCAGAUCCGCAAAGACCACGACGUCAACAUCCAGUUCCCCGACAAAGGGGACGAACAACAGGACGUGAUCGUGAUCUCGGGGUACGAGCGCAACGCCGAGGAGGCGCGCGCCUCCAUCCAGCAGCUGGUGGCGGAGCUGCAGGAGAUGGUGAGCCAGGACGUACGCCUGGACCCCCGCACGCACGCGCGCAUCAUCGGGGCCCGCGGCAAGGCCAUCCGCAAGCUCAUGGAGGAGUUCAAGGUAGAUAUCCGUUUCCCCCAGCCGGGUUCGGACGAGCCGGACAAAGUGACGGUCACAGGCCUGCCAGAGACGGUGGACAACGCCGUAGACCACCUGCUGAACCUGGAGGAGGAAUACAUGCUGAGUGUGACGGAGACGGAGACCAUGGCCGCCUACAUGAAGCCGCCGUCUCGCUACGGCGGGGCGGGGGGCGGCGGCGCGGAUGACAACGGUGGGGGGCCGGCCAAAGGCUUCGUGGUGCGGGACGCCCCCUGGAAUGUUCCUGGCAACAAGGCUCCUGACAUGAGCAGCGCUGAGGACUUCCCCACCUUCGGGGCCGGCGUGGCCCCUAAACAGACGUCCGCCUGGGGCCCCAAGAAGUUCUGAGGUGCAGCGGGCUGAAAAGGGAGGAGGGAGAAGGGAAAAAACGGAAACACGUUUUUGCUGCUCACUUUCCUCAUACUUUCUUCUCUUUACUCCCCCCCCCCCCCCCUCCCCUCCCCAUGAACAGAUCGGACCUGUCUCUCUCUCCCUCGACCCUCCUUUAUUUCUCAGAGAAAAAAAAAAAAUAUUUCUGCCUGAAUCUCUCCUACUCGGCCUCACCUCUCCUCUGCUGGCGUCUCUGAAGCAUUUUGAAGGACUCCUUUUUCCAGGCCGUUUCUCCUCUCCCUCAGUGGAACACCACGACAUGGCAGGCACAUUUUUCUGAACCAACUCAACCCAGCAAGUACAGUGGUGGUGCGACCAAGGAUACCAGCAUGUGUCAACAGCCAUUUUCUUAAAAAAAGAGGAAAUCAGCAUUUUGAUUUGAGAGCAGGACCAUCCAAGCAUUGCCUUGGAUUUUUAAGCUGAAAUGUUUUUAAUGAUAUUCUUUUUGUUACGGAUUUCACUGGUGUUUUAAUGUUAGCUGAUUCAAGCACAUGUAGCUUAUUCAUCAGGUGAAGAAUAGAGGGCGAUAGAGGGUAGGGGCAAUGACUCAACGUAAACCUAAACAAUACAAAAGGGUGGUUCUCGUUCCCACUGUAUUUAUUACUGAGCUAAAAUAGCUUCUAGUUAGAUUUUUGUUUUGUUUCUCCUGACGAGUCUCAAGAUGUUAACGUCGGCCUGUUGGAAGGUUGUCACGUCUGUUAUUUAACUGUUUGUAACUUUUUGUUUUGACUUCUGUGAUCUCACGUUUUAAAAAGCAACUUAGCUUGAUGCUUAGAGGAACGACUGUGAGGGUUGAUCAGUUGUCAUGUUGAAACGUACAAGGAACUUUUCUUGCUAUUUAUUUAUUUAUUUAUUUAUAUGUUAUGUUACCCCUCAAUUCAUUUUAAUGACUGUUAGUUAGGAAAGUGCUCAUCUCAAUGCAGUUGGACCAAUUAAUUUAUUUCCCUGCUGGCUUUUAACUACCCCCCCCCCCUACUACAAUCAAAAUAUGACAGAUUGUCAAAUGCAACUUAGCAAAACUUUUUCUAAUUCCUGCAAGGCACACGUGUCUGUGCUUUCGUUGCACAAACGGCAUCUUACCCAUUUCUCUGUUCCAGAACGGUCCUGAGUACCUACUGCAGAACAUUUAGUACAUCUAGAACAUCUGCUCAAGUCCCAACCAGCAGAACCACAACCAGAGUCCAACCUUUUCAAACUUCCAUGUGCCUGUUGUCGUUAGUGUACAAGGAAAAAAAAGCCCAGAUUUGGUCCUGUGGAGAAACUCCAGCCCAUAAUGUCAUGACUGUGUACUGUAGGUUAGGACUGCUGAUUGGACCAGUCUGUAGAUUUGUCGUUCCCUUCAACAGGCGGACAAAACAGACUAUGCAACCGGACAGAAUUUGCUACAGUAGAGAGCUGUUUAAGAUGUUUAUGGAACUAUUAUGGAUGAACAAUUUUAAGCUCUGUGGAGGGGGGAGGGAGUUUAUUUUUAAAACUUUCUUGGAACGAUCAUCUCUCCAUGUUUGACCUUUGAACUCUUGUCCCCUCUGUCACGGGACAGCUAAAUGAGACGCUGUACAUUGACGUUACUGAUGUGUGUGUGUGUACGUGUGUAUGUGUGUCUGUCACAAAAAUGAAAAGGCAGUUUGUGCUCAUGUGAGCCACCGGUUUUUGAAAGAACACACUAUUGGCCUUAAAGAAGUAAUGACUAUAAAUCAUUUUGAAAAGGUGUGAUUGAGUAAUUAUGCAACACUGCAAUAAUAUGUCAGUGACUGGAUUUUUCCUACUCCAAAUAAAACAUCAGAAAAGGAACCAA